UCUGAAACUGAUCCAACUUCAAAUCAUAUCCUUCAACAGUUAUUCAUUUGCAGGUUUUUGGAGUGCGAUCUCUGUUUACAUGCAAUUUUUCAUAUCUUCGCAUAUAUAUGGGAGCAGAAACUGUGUUGAAUGUUGUUCUCCUCCCCCAGUUAUAACUUUGGUGGAUGAACCAGCCAACGGGUUGAAAAUUCAAGGCCGAGCAGUGAAGAAAGCAAGCAUUUCUGAAGAUUUUUGGAGCACUAGCGCAUGUGAUCAGAUAGAUAAUAGUACAUUACAGUCCCAACGAAGUAUGUCAUCUAUCAGAUCAUCAAAUCAACCACCUGAGCCCAACACCUCUGCCGGUGGCAUAAUAGAUCAUCCUACUGAAUUUAUAAAUCACGGUCUUCUUCUUUGGAAUGAAAUAAGGCAGCAGUGGAUAGGUAAAAGUGGUUCCAAAAACCGUAAAGAAGCUCAGGAGCAGACGAAGAUAAGACUAAGUGAAACUUACAAUAGUCUACUUGGAACAGACAAGCCAUUUCCCACCCCAAUUCCGCUACAUGAAAUGAUUGAUUUUUUGGUUAAUUUAUGGGAACAAGAAGAAGAAUUGAAUGGUUGAGGCUGCUACCAAAAAGUAUUGUCUAUUUUCACCCUUCCAUCUCGAAUUCAAGGUUUCCAAAGUAUGACUUAGUGAAUUAACAAAAAAAGAAGAAGAUUAUAUUCAAUAGUCUAUUUGUUACAUUCAUUAACAUUUAUUGUUACCAUUUUAUUAAUGCUCCCCAUUAAAGAAUUUAAAAUUUGGCAUGUUUC